AGCCAUUUUGCCUCGAACCAUUUUGGCUCAAGGCUUUUUGGUGCAAGCGCACCUCUUGUGGGCUCCACUUCCCUUCGCGCACCCAUCGCUCAACAGCAGCUAUGGGCUGCGGCAACAGCAAGAAGGCGAGCGAGGCCCAGGUUGAGGAGACGAAGGCUGCCCCCGUAAUGACCGAGGCGUCCGCUGAGGAGCGGGCUCUGGUGCAGCUCAAGACCAUCUUCGACAGCAUCGAUGUAAACAAGGACGGGAAUGUAAGCAAGGCAGAGUUGGUCGCAGCCUUGGAGAAGGAUGCCAGCAUCGGAGACCUCAUCAAGGAUGCAGGCCUGAACCAGGAGUACAACGCCAUGGAGCAGCUGCAGACCAGCAAGGAUGGCCACGUGACCUGGGAGGAGUUCCUGGCGAACCUGAAAGAGGCCGCGAAAAAGGAGGUGUUGGAGACAGGCGAUGUCAAGGGCGUCGAGCUGGCCGCGGAUGAGAAGGCCCUCCAGCAGCUCAGGAAGCUCUACGACGAGCUCGACCGCAACAAGGAUGGAGCUGUGAGUCGCGAGGAGCUGACCGCGGGCAUGGAGAAGGAUGCCGACAUCGGCCAGCUCGUCAAAGAGGCAGGCUUCAACCCCGACUAUAAUGCCCUGGAACAGCUCGACACGAACGAGGACGGCAAGAUCACUUGGGACGAGUUCGAGUCUCACCUCCGCAAGGCGGCCAAGGAGGAGGUCAAAGAGCAGGGCGAGGUGGCCGCGGUUGCCAACAUCGAGGAGGAGGAGAAGAAAAUUGAGGCGGAGGCCGAGAGUAACGCCGUUGUCAAGCCGACGUCUUGGUGCGGAUGCGCUUGAGAGGCUGUCGUCUCAGACUAAUGAGGCCGCGGUGUCGGAUUGCAUGGGCAGUUCGAUAUCACGCGCAGUGUUAACGAACGCAGAGCAUCGUUUCGGCAGCCGAGAUUGCCGCUUGCAUGUGGCAUUUAUAUGCCAUUACUUGAUGACUUGGGUUCAUAUAUCGUACGAUGUUCCAGGAUAGCUGAGUCUAGCCCUUUGAGAGUUGUGCAUGUCGGGUGCCCCCCAGUCGUGCAAUGGAACGGCUAGCACAUCCAACACACUCUUGCCUCUUGCCACUUGUAAAGUUUGAUUGACUUUCGCCACAGAUGCACAAAACAACAACAAUAUGCUCCCACAAAAGGGCCC